AUGGGAGCCGAGACAGACACCGAGACAGUCCUGACUCCAGAUCAGCUCGAUCGCAUUUCCAAGAACCGAGCGGAGGCCCUGACUCGACUGCAGCUCAAGUCCCAAAGUCUGCCGCCGCCAUCGUCGCUCCAUCAGAACCAGAGCGACAACCAGAGCCAGAGCCAGAGCCAGAACCCGCUGACCACAGCCAGCCCAGGAACAGCGCCCAACUCGCAUCCCGUCCCAGGCGCUACCUCGGAUGGCUCUCCAGCUGCGGCUGCAUUGCCUGGCCCAGCGUCGGCGAACCCGGUGCCGGCAGAACAAUCGAGCGGGGCUCCGGCCGAUGCUGCUUCCGGCGAUGUCGCCAAGCCCUCCCAGUAUCAGCGGCGGAAACGGGCGCUGGAGUAUUGCGAAUACAACUUGACGACAAUGGUCGAUACCAAGGGCGGGUUUCUGUAUUCCACCGAGCCCGAGGACAAAAAAGCCAAGAUAGACGACCAGAGCAAGCCGGCGAAGGAAGGCAGGUUUCUGGGCCGGAGCGGAUGUGCCAGUGAAGCAAUUCGCCUCCACCGAUUUGAACUGCUUCAUCCCACAUCCGCCUUCGACCCCGCUCAGCUCGGCUACCAACCGCAGUGCUGCGAGUGCCAGUCAUACGAUAUCCACUUUGACUAUCUGAGGCAUUUUGGCGUCUCGGUCUGCAAAAAGUGCAAGGACACCGAGCUCUUUUCGCUCCUGACCAAGACCGAGUGCAAGGAGGACUACCUGUUAACGGAUUGCGAACUCAAGGAUCGGGCCAAGGUCCGGGUAUGGGAGAGACCCAACCCACACAAGUCGACCUGGGCGCCAAUGCAGCUGUUUUUGCGCAAGCAGGUUGAAGCCUUUGCCUGGGAAAAGUGGGGCAGUUCCGAUGCCCUUGAUCAAGAAUUCGAACGGCGCGAUCGAGAGAAGCGCGAGAAGGCCGAAAAGAUGCAGAAGGAGAAGAUGAAGACACUGAGACGGACGACAAUGACGAGUGUCUAUCGCAAGCCCAAGUCACAGGCGCACACCCACGAGUACGGACCUGGAGUCUACAGCGCCGAGGCUGACAACUUUACACAAACCUGCAGUAUCUGCGGGGCCACCCAGACGUACGAUGAAAUCUGACGGAAGGAGGAUCAAGUCUCGCGUCACUGCGGCGCACACACACACAUAUCAUCACACAUCGCAUCAUACAUCUUAUGACCCAUCAAAUCAAUACAUAUCCACCACCGAACACCGCCUGCGAUUCUGUGUUAUGUGGCAGGGAUGGUUUCAUAUCUCGCCCAGGGUAUGAUCUCAUGACCUCGGUAUGUCGGCCGAUCAUCGCCGCCGGAGAUCGACUGGGUUGUAUUCAAAACGGUGCUCUCCCAACCGACAGCAUGCACAGG